AUGUCCGAUACGGGUGCCCAUCCCGGUGUGAGGAGCCUCCUCGCCAAGUUCGAGAACAACCAGAAUACCACAACUUCCCCGCCCUCGCGUGGUCGGUCUCCGGUUGGAUCGGAGAAUUCCGGCGCGGGCAGACCACUCUCUAAAGUGCGUGCCAGCUUCAUCGCUGUCGAUGGGGCGGUCCAGUCAAACCCAGUCGUAGGGUUGAGGAAAGCGAGUGGUGGCAGUGACAGCCCCGCUGGCCCAUCAAGGGUGAAGACCUUCAACUCAGAUGAUAGUGGCAGUCUAAAAAGCCCGCUGUCUUUGUCCCCCAUCAGCAACAGCUUUCCAGAGUCGAGUGCCAAUGGCAAUGACUCAAAGAAUAGUAUCUCAAAAGAAUUGCCCGGAGCAUCGACAGGAGCCCCGAUGGGUUCGGCCGAGGAGAGUACGAAGCCCGUGAUCAAGGAAACCGUGCCAUCACACAACAAGGAAAACCAUUCCGUCGCAGAAUCAGCUGCCAGCACAUCCCCUGCCGUGCAGUCCGUUAAACCAACAAACACCGUGACCAAGCGGCCAUCGACGAUUCAUAUAGCGAAAGCGAGUACCGCCAGUAAACCGACCUCCGGGUCAACCUCUGUCACAGGCCCGCGGUCAUCCACCAAGCCACGUACCCCAACGUCGCCUGCGAUGACCGAAAAUAAUAAAGCCAAGGCGACACGCACGGCGAAGACUGCUACUGCUGGUGACCAUCGUGUUCCGACUCAGAAACCAAGUCGUACAUCCUUGACAACAGCAGUCAGGACUGCUUCGCGACCCCCUCGGUCUUCCAUGCCUUCGCGCGAGCCCACUAGGCCAACAGUUUCAGGCACCAAACCCCGUUCCAACUCACCAUCCCGGUCUGCUCGCCUUCCAGCGUCCGCGACGGCACCCACCUUGUCGUCCUCGGGGAAAUUAGGAGCCACCGGAACAACGACUUCUAGACUUACCCGCAAACCAUCGACAUUGAAGCCUGCAGCCGGGGCCAAUCAACGUGCAACUACUCCCACUGCCUCAAAUGUGCGCAAGCACGCUUCUCGCCCUUCUCCUCCUGGGCAUUCGGGGAGCGAGCGACCCCAUUCCCGGGUGAGCCAAGGAGGCUCAAAGCCGGUCGAUGAGGGGUUCCUGGCCCGGAUGAUGCGACCCACCGCGAGCUCUGCCAGCAAGACACACGAUAAAGUAGAGGCUAAAAGCCCGCCCCGGUCCACCAAGACGGCUCGUGCACCGGUGCAGAAGGUUGUGCCUAAGACUGAACCCCGUGCGCCGCGCCCGACAAAGGAGACCAGCAAAUCGGUGAAGCGUGGUGAAGAGACGACAGCAGAGAACCCGAAUGAAGAACCCCAGAAGUCUGCGAAGCAACAUACUUCGGAGGAUGUUACCCAAGCUCCUUCUGAGCCACAAGUCGACGAGAAAACUGUAGAUGCUGAAGCUAAGCGCGCUGCCGAGGAGCCGGUCGAGGCAACGCUCGAGAAGCCAUCGACAGAUGCACCCAUCGACUCGUCCGUUCCUCAACCUUCAGAAGUGCCCGUGGAUGCGGAGGCACCAGCAGAACCCAAACCCGAGGUGUCAGUCGAGCAGCCGACGGAAGCUUCAAUAGAGCAGACCAUCAAUGCUGUUCAAUCGACCACCGUGGAACCGGUCGCACCUACGGAGCCAGUCGAUGCGCCGACUCCUUCUGAUACCCCCGAAUGCCACCCGUCAGCAGAGGUUAGGGAAUCCGUUGAGUCUGCACCUCCAGUCCAGACUGAAGCAGAGCCGACCCCAGAGAAUGCUGCCGAGACCUCUGAUCCCACCACAGAGUCGAAGCCCAUUGAGGAUGACGUUGAUGCCGACAUUGGAAAGUUGUCCCUGAACUAA